AUGGAGUCAAAUACUAGUAUUAUAAAUGAACAAUUAAUCGACGAUUUCAUCAAUCAAGAAAUCCAACAAGGCUUUCCCGGUGCUGCCCUUGUUGUAGUUCAACAUGGUCAAAUACUUAAAGAGACUGUCUACGGUCAUAAACUAAAAUACGAUGAAAAUGAAACACUUCUUGCUGAACCACAACUACUAACAUUGGACACAAUGUUUGAUCUAGCAUCGUUGACGAAGAUGUACGCAACAAAUUAUGCUUUGAUGCAAAUGGUUGAACAAGGAAAACUGAAUGUCGACGAUCCAAUCAAUAAAUAUUUACCAGAAUAUUGUGGAUGUAAUCCUGAAAAUGAAUAUCGCGAAACAAGGCUAGUUCGAGAUUUGUUAACACACACAGCGGGUUACGCUUCAAGUAUUGAAUUUUACGAUCCAAGCAAAGUGCCAUCAGAUUUAUAUUCACUAGAGAAACAUCGAACUGAAGAAAUCAUCUUGACAAAAGUCGGAUUCGAACGAUCAAGAGGUGCUGGUCAUUUACCGGUUUAUUCGGAUAUUGAUUAUAUGCUCUUGGGUAUACUGGUCGGACGUAAUAGCGGAAUGUCCAUUGAUGAAUAUGUGAAGAAGAAUAUAUAUCAACCGCUAGGUUUAGCACAUACAUUAUUCAAUCCACUUAAACAAGGACAAUAUCACAAAUCUGAUUUUGCUGCGACGGAAGUGAAAGGAAACACGCGUGGUGGUAGUAUAACUUUUCCUCAUGUCUGCACACAUGUCUUACAAGGGCAAGUUCAUGACGAGAAAGCUUAUUAUUCUCUCAAUGGUGUUGCAGGACAUGCAGGUCUGUUUUCUAAUCUACACGAUAUGGCUAUACUUUGUCAAAUUAUGUUAAAUAACGGUAUAUAUGGUAAUAUUCGGUUUUGGAGCAAACAUGUCCAAGAUCUUUUUGUUAAACCGUAUGAAGGCGACCCAUCGUAUGGAUUGGGAUGGCGGUUGAAUCGAAAUAAGUCCUUAAAAUGGUUUGGUUUGCAUGCAUCUGAAGAUGCCUAUGGUCAUACAGGAUGGACAGGCAAUUGUUCGGUUAUUGAUCCCAAAUAUUCAUUGGCAAUUGUUCUGCUGACAAAUAAACGACAUACGCCAUGCAGGAACGGAGUGUUCGAUGGUGAAAAAUAUGAAACUGGAAAAUAUGGUCAAAUCAUGACAUUAGUCUAUGAAGCUUUGUCAUUAGAUAAACAGUCUCAUAUAAUGGAAUAA